AUUACAUAAAAAUAGGUGAUUUCCCUAGACAGCCCCUCACCUUUAAAUUAUAGAGAUUACUUACUCGAGGGGUUGAAUGGUAGUUUCAGAAUUGAUUGCAAUUUGGGGCAUCGUCUCCUUCUCCUUCCUCAUAUCCUGCAAUUCCAGAUUCUUCCGGCGCAAAUUCAUUUAUAUUAUUUGUUGCAAUCUCAAAUUGAGUUGAACUGUUUCCUCCUCAGAGGAGGACUUAGCCGGAGGUUAGGAGAGAUGCCCUUGUAUCAAUAAUUUGUUGAAUAUUCAUGGCCAAUUCUCAGGCUCAACAUCGCUGCGUUUUUGUUGGGAAUAUACCGUAUGACGCUACUGAAGAACAGCUUAAAGAGAUAUGUGAGGAAGUUGGUCCAGUCGUUUCCUUCAGGUUAGUCAUUGAUAGAGAAACUGGAAAACCAAAAGGUUAUGGAUUUUGCGAGUACAAGGAUGAGGAGACUGCUUUAAGUGCUCGUAGGAAUCUCCAGGGGUAUGAGAUUAAUGGAAGACAAUUACGAGUUGAUUUUGCUGAAAAUGACAAGAAUGCCGAUAGGAAUCGUGAUCAAGUAUAAACUUCAAUUUGAAAAACAUUGUUGUAGUACUUUGCUCCAUUUUCCAUGCAGUGACAUCUUUUUUAAUUUCUUUCUUAUCAGGAUUGCUACUGAAUGAGCUUCCUUACUAUGCUGUUAAAACUGUUGUGUAGUUAUUGUGGGUUGCUAAUACACCUCAGAACUAAGUGUACAGAAACCAUUAGUACAAUUCAACUAGAAUGACCCUAUGGCAUUUAGGGUCAUUUGACCAUUCUGCCAAGCUGUACGAGAAAGAUAUUUAAACUAGUUGCUGUUAGAUUUAGGAGUAAUAAAUUAAUAAACUGCUUGAAUCUGUUCUCAACGAUCAUGUAACUUUGUCUUUUUUUUUUCUUUUUUUUUUGUGUGUGUCUAUUUUUGCCUUUUAUUUGGUGAUCGAAUCCAACAGGUUAAAUUAGUUGUGGUCUUACAUCGUUUUUAUAUCCAAGCAAUCAAGGCCCUUUUGUGUUUCGUCUUAAAAAUUUGUUAGUGCAUUAUAACUCAGAGCAUGACAACAAUAAUAACUACCGAGCUUUCAUCCCACUUUGUGUGUCCACUCUUCUUAAAACAUGUCAACUUUCAGUAUGUAUCAGCAAUAUGUUUAUUGAUCCAUUUCUCUUGCAGGGUCGUGGAGGACCUGGUAUGGUUGCAAAUGCUGUAGUGGGUGAUUCUAGCCUUAACCAGGCAAUCGGUGUAUCAGUAGCUAUGUCUGCUGGAACUGUAUUAGCUCAAGCUCUUGGAGCUCCCCAGAUAAAUAUCCAUAGUCAGCCAACACCAGCUGGUGAUCCUCUAACUCUGCAUUUGGCUAAAAUGUCAAAGAACCAGCUAAUUGAGAUUGUAUCUGAGAUGAAGGCAAUGGCCACACAAAACAAGGAGCAAGCUCGUCUGCUAUUUCUAGCAUGCCCACCCUUGUCUAAAGCUAUACUACAGGCAUUGAUAUUGCUGGGACUGGUACCACCCCAUAUGCUCCAGAUGCCUAAUAUUAGGCAGGCUUCUGGAUCUUUGCAGCCAUUACGGCCAGAGGGUAUGGUCAGUCAACUUUCAGCGACUCAAAACCUUGCCGGGGUUCCCCCUAUUCCUCACGAUAUUGUGCAAUAUAAUACACCAGACAAUCCACUUUCUGCUGAUCGUCCAAUUUCUAUGUUAAAUAACCAGCAGGCUGUAAACGCUCAAUUUCUAGGGCAACCACUUAUUCAGUUGCCAAAUCUUUUGCAUCAAGGCCAAUCAUUAAUGCAUUCUGGCAAUUUCAAUUUGCCAACGAUUCGCCCUCAACCGCAGGGUAAUUUUCCCUUUAGACCGCCGGUGGCGACCUCGUUAUUGAUGCAGCAAGGGCAUCAGUUACAACAAUUAGGGCCAGUCACUCGUCCGGCAGUCCUGGAUCAAGGAUUUCAGCUUGGUGGUUCAUUUUUAUCCGGUGUCCCAGAUAGUAUCAGUAAAGAUCCCCGCAAACAAGUUAUUAACUCAAGAGUCAAUGAUAACCUUGAUCCAAGGAACCACCCUUCAAAACUAAUGAGAUUGAAUGAUGGUAGGCCUGUUGCUUCCUCCUCACCAGAAAAUGCAGGCGGUACGUCUGGAAAUCAACAAGCUGCAGUAUCUGACAAACAAGCACUCCAGCUUCCGCCUGAUGUGGAGUCUGCUCUACUCGAGCAAGUGCUCAAUCUUACGUCUGAGCAGUUGAGUUCGUUGCCUCCAGAUCAGCAACAAGAAGUCAUUCAACUCCAGCAGAUGCUUCGGCAGGCUUCAUAAUGUAAAGUCUGAAUAACUCAUAUUCAAGAUAUUGAGUUCACAACGUGAUCAGCAGCAAGAAAUUAAUUCCAGAUGCUUCGGCAGGCAUGACAUUAGGCUGAAGCACGAUGAUGGUUCCUUCUGAUCUCAUGGCUACGUUGACUGUUUGAUCUGACCUCAGAGCAUGACAUUUCCUGGGGUAUUGUCAUUUUAGUGUAGAGAAUUUUUUUUUAAUACGACAAGAUUGUUACACAGCAUCAUGCGUGAGAGUUGAGAACUUGUUUGCACACACAAAAUCAGACACGAGGGAAAAUUUUGAUUUUGCUAUUUUUUUUGUUGCUCGGUUGGAACUGCAAAAUGUCAUUCUCUUGGGAUGUUAAAUGAAAGAUUUCAUAUUGGAGCUGUUUUUUUUUGAGCAAAGACAGUUCAGUGACAAUAAUGAGAAUUGUUAUUUGAGAAAUUCGUUUCUUCACUACUAUUGCAACA